CUUCAGGGCGUCCGGGCGGGACGGGCGGCCGGUGGAGGUCGGACAUGAAGACGGGGCCCCGGCUGCCGGGCCGCCCCGCCCUCUGGGCCCCCGUGGUCCUGGCCCUCGGCCUGGGCCUGGCCGGCGCCCAGAGGACCCUGGAGGAGGUGCCCGCGCAGCCCGGCUUUGACGCCCAGAAGGUGGCCGGGCGCUGGCUGACCCUCCGGCUGGCCUCCAGCCGGGCAGACCUGGUCUCCCCCGCCGACCCCCUGAGGCUGGCUCUCCACUCCAUCGAGCGGCGGGGCGGGGACCUGGAGUUCCUCUUGUUCUGGACGGGGGAGAGGCUGUGCAGAGGCGUCCGCGUCACCAUCCACCCGACGGGGCUCCCGGGCCAGUACCACGGCGCCUUUGAGGGAGGUGCCCGCAUGCGCGUCCGCUUCGUCAGCACCGACUACCGCAGCCUCAUUCUCUAUGUCCGCGUGGAGGACGGCGGGGACGGCGGGGAUGCGGGCGAGGUCACCAGCCUGUGGGCGCUGCUGGCCAGACGCUUGCCCGGGGACCCCCAGUGGCUGCGCAGGUACCUGGGGUACGUGAGGCAGUUCCAGCUGCAGGAGGCCCCCGUCUUCAACCUGCAGGGUAAGCGCUGCCCCGACUGCACCCAGGCCACCAGGCGGGGCUACGGUUAG